UGGGUUUCCCAUUUUGGUGCAGUGGAUUGCGGGCUCGCCGCCGCCCCCGCUGCUGCUCCGGCCGCUGCUCUUUCUCUCUUCUCCUUUCUUCUGCUCUUCUCACCCACGUCAGGACCAUCCCGUGCACCCCACACCGGAUCAGCCGCUGCCGCCGCUGCCGCCGCCGCCGCCUUUUCGGGUGCCCCGAGAGAGAAAAGGGCAGCUUGCCCCUCCCCCGCUCCCGCCCCCAGUCCUGGACUCGUGGAGUCUGGAGCGGCGGCAGGAGCUGGCGGGAGGAGGGGACUCCUCCGCCAGUCCGUGCCUUUCUUUUUGCGCUGCGAGUCCGACUCCUGCUGCGGCGGCUGCAGAGCCCAAGCCUCAGCCCAGGCGGGAAGGGGGGGAAGGCGGCGGUACAUCCCCGAACUGCCCGCCGAGCGCUGGGGACUUUGGGGCAGCGCUGGGGGCCUGGACGGACUGACCCUGUGCCCUCGGGGCUAUUCUAACUUCGGGGGGCUUGCCUCCUCCUGGCCCGGCUCAGCUUCUUGCAUGGAUACAUCAUGGCUACGCUUGUUUGCAGGGUGCAGUUCCUAGAUGAUACCGACCCUUUCAACAGCACCAACUUUCCCGAGCCUAGCCGGCCUCCGCUGUACACUUUCCGGGAGGAUAUCGCCCUUGUUACCCAACUGGCUGGGAUUCACCGAUUACUCCGGGCACCCCACAAGCUUGAUGAUUGCACACUACAGCUCUCUCAUAAUGGCACAUAUUUGGAUUUGGAAUCAACUUUAGCUGAGCAAAGAGAUGAACUGGAAGGUUUCCAGGAAGAUGCUGGGAGGGGUAAGAAGCAUAGUAUAAUCCUAAGGACCCAACUCUCCGUGAGAGUCCAUGCCUGCAUUGAAAAGCUGUAUAACUCUAGUGGACGAGAGUUAAGACGGGCUCUGUUCUCCUUGAAGCAGAUAUUUCAGGAUGACAAGGAUUUGGUGCAUGAAUUUGUUGUGGCUGAAGGUCUGACGUGCUUGAUAAAAGUGGGAGCUGAGGCAGACCAAAAUUAUCAAAACUACAUCCUUAGAGCUUUGGGCCAGAUUAUGUUGUAUGUAGACGGGAUGAAUGGAGUCAUAAAUCAUAAUGAAACCAUUCAAUGGCUGUAUACUCUCAUUGGUUCAAAGUUCCGCCUUGUGGUGAAGACUGCCCUGAAAUUACUGCUGGUGUUUGUGGAGUACACAGAGUCAAAUGCACCUCUUUUAAUUCAGGCUGUCUCCUCAGUUGAUACAGAAAGAGGAGUCAAGCCAUGGUCUAAUAUAAUGGAGAUCUUGGAAGAAAAAGAUGGGGUUGACACCGAGCUGCUGGUUUAUGCCAUGACUUUAGUAAAUAAGACUCUAUCAGGUUUGCCAGAUCAAGAUGCUUUCUAUGAUGUGGUAGAUUGUCUGGAGGAGCUCGGCAUUGAAGCUAUUUCUCAGAGACAUUUGAACAAGAAAGGCACAGACUUAGAUUUAGUGGAACAAUUUAAUAUCUAUGAGAUGACUUUGAGGCAUGAAGAUGGUGAUGAGAAUGCUGAACCUCCUCCCAAUGGACGGAAAGACCGGCGAAGGGCUAGUCUGGGUUCAAGUGAACAUCGGGGAUUAAAUCGAAGAAGGAGCCGGAGACACUCAGUUCAGAGUGUUAAAAGCACUUUAUCAGCUCCUACUAGUCCCUGUAACCAACCAGCUCCUAGCUUCAAACUCAGCCAAAGUCAUCCUGUUGGAGAUCUCAGUGAAAAUGCAUCAGACCCUGUACAUUUGAACAAAUACCCUGAUUCUGAUUCUGAUCCCUACAAUUUCCGGUCUUUUUCUUCUAAUAGAUAUAGCAACUAUGGCAACAGCUCUUAUCUCUCUACAAGAGGCUAUUCAGGAUCAAGUGCACCUACAACACCUACUUCAUCCCUCUCACCAUACCAGGAGGCCAAAUCAGAACGGUCAUCAUUGAGUGGUCUUCUUACAUCAUCAUUUCGUCAACACCAAGAGUCAUUAGCAGCAGAAAGAGAGAGGCGACGGCAGGAGAGAGAAGAGAGGUUGCAAAGGAUAGAACGAGAAGAAAGAAAUAAAUUCAACCGAGAUUAUUUAGACAAACGAGAAGAGCAAAAACAAGCAAGAGAAGAAAGAUACAAAUACUUGGAGCAGUUGGCAACUGAAGAGUAUGAGAAGGAGCUGAGAAAUCGAAAUACAAGCCGAGGCAGGACAGAGCUCUGCUUAGACCUGAGUGCUCCUGCAGCCCCGUCCUCUCCAGUCCCUAAGUGUGUUAGUCCACUAUCUCCACAGUCCCAAGAGGAGGUGAAAGAAACUUCAACAUCCCAGGCAACAGCCCAACCUGUUGAAGUGAGUGCAAGUGACCCUGACCCUGAAGCAGAGCCUGAGACAGAAAGAGUGGAAGCAGGAGAAGGAGUGGAAUCUGAGGUCGGAGUGAAGCAGAGGGUGGAUGUACCGCAUCAGGAAGUGUUGUGUCACCAAGGGGGACCAAAAAGUGAGGGGACCCAAGGACCAGAAGAAAGUGCAAUACUCAGUGAGAAGGAAAGGCAAAAUGAAGAAGUGAAUGAAAAAGACAACUGCUCAGCCUCCAGUAUUUCCUCCACAAGCAGCACUUUAGAGAGAGAAGAGAAAGAGAGCAAGUUAACCAGUGAUAAUGAAACUGGUCUCUGGUCCCAGACCAUUCAGGAUGCCGGUGUAAAUGAGCAGUGUAGCAACAUUCUCAACAACAAGCGGUUCAUGCUGGACAUGUUGUAUGCUCAUAAUAAAAAACCCAAAGAUGAAGAGGAGAAGGAACCAGAGAAGGUGGAGGAGGAGAAGAAGAGGACGGAAGAAGAUGAAGAGUCCAUCCCCUGUGUAGCCAGUAGGAUCUCUGUUCUCCAGGCCAACACACAGGUUAAAGAUGAGAAUGUCAGAAAGAUGGAGAUUGAAAACUUGGAGAACCAGGGCAGUGUGAAAGCCUUUGCUGAAAAGUUCAACAAUGGGGAGCUCUCCAAAGGCACAGUCUCAUCAGAGACAGGAAUCGGUGAACAGGUCUCUGAAAAGGCACAAGCACAACCAAAGAAGGAGUCGGACUAUAUUUGGGAUCAGCUCAUGGCAAAUCCUAGGGAACUGAAAAUCAAAGAGAUGGACUUUACAGACUUAGGAGAUGAGGAUGAUAUAGAUGUUUUAGAUAUGGAUUGGGGUCCCAGAGACUCACUCAUUCCUCCUCCUCCACCUCCACCUUCCUUUUUGUGUUUGCCUCCACCUCCCCCUCCCCCUCUUUUUGAUUGCUCAUCUCCAACUCCAGCCCCUGCUAAUUUAUUGGCUCCUCCCCCAGUGUAUGGCACUCCUCAGGGUUUAGGGUGGCCCCAGGUUCCCAGGGGUCAGCCAGCAUUCACAAAGAAGAAGAAAACCAUCCGUCUCUUUUGGAAUGAGGUGCGGCCAUUUGAGUGGCAGUGUAAAAACAAACGCUGCAGAGAAUUCCUGUGGUCGAAACUGGAACCCAUUAAAGUGGAUACUUCCAAACUGGAGCACCUCUUUGAGUCUAAAUCCAAGGAACUGUCUGUCACAAAGAAAACUGCUGCAGAUGGAAAACGACAAGAAAUCAUUGUUUUGGACUCAAAGCGUAGUAAUGCUAUUAACAUUGGUCUGACUGUCUUACCCCCUCCGAGGACAAUCAAGAUUGCCAUUUUGAAUUUUGAUGAGUAUGCCCUAAACAAAGAAGGCAUUGAGAAAAUCCUCACCAUGAUUCCCACUGAAGAGGAAAAACAAAAAAUCCAAGAAGCACAAAUGGCCAAUCCAGAUCUACCCCUCGGCAGUGCAGAGCAGUUUCUCCUCACACUUUCUUCCAUCAGUGAACUAUCUGCCAGACUCCAACUUUGGGCUUUCAAAAUGGACUAUGAAGUCAUUGAAAAGGAGGUGGCUGAACCACUUUUGGACCUGAAGGAAGGAAUAGAUCAAUUGGAAAAUAAUAAAACCCUGGGCUUCAUUUUGUCUACUUUGUUAGCCAUUGGUAACUUCCUCAAUGGUUCUAACGCCAAAGCAUUUGAGUUGAGCUACCUCGAGAAGGUUCCAGAGGUCAAAGACACUGUGCACAAACAGUCCCUUCUUCACCAUGUGUGCACAAUGGUGGUGGAAAAUUUCCCAGACAGUACAGAUCUAUAUUCCGAGAUUGGGGCCAUCACUAGGUCAGCCAAGGUUGACUUUGAUCAACUUCAAGACAACUUGUGUCAGAUGGAACGAAGAUGCAAAGCAUCAUGGGAUCACCUCAAGGCAAUUGCUAAACAUGAAAUGAAACCAGUUUUAAAGCAAAGAAUGUCUGAGUUUCUGAAAGACUGUGCAGAAAGAAUUAUAAUUCUGAAGAUUGUUCACAGAAGAAUAAUUAAUAGAUUCCACUCCUUCUUACUGUUUAUGGGCCAUCCCCCCUACGCGAUCCGUGAUGUAAACAUUAAUAAGUUCUGUAGAAUCAUCAGCGAGUUUGCCCUGGAAUAUCGCACUACUCGGGAGAGGGCGUUACAGCAGAAACAGAAGAGAGCAAACCACAGAGAGAGGAACAAGACCCGAGGGAAAAUGAUCACUGAUACCGAUGAAGAAGAUGAAGUUGAGACCGGAAAAUUCUCUAGCAGUUCCACUCCCUCUCAGAGCCAGCCACAGGGAUUGGAUUAUGCAGAAGACGCAGCUGAACAUGAAAAUAUGAAGGCUGUGCUGAAAACAUCUUCCAUUGGUGAAGAGGGCACCUCAGUUUUGGGUGUAAGGACACGAAGCCGAGCCAGUAGAGGCUGCACCAGCAGCACGUGGCACGCCAGCACUGACGACUCACCUAACGUUACGGAUGACGCAGCAGACGAGAUCAUGGAUCGCAUCGUCAAAUCAGCCACCCAAGUGCCCAGUCAACGAGUGGUGCCAAGAGAAAGGAAACGAUCACGAGCAAAUAGAAAGUCAUUAAGAAGAACUCUGAAGAGUGGAUUAACACCAGAAGAAGCCAGAGCCUUGGGCCUGGUCAGCACUUCUGAAAUGCAGCUGUGAGAUCAGCAGAGGUGAUACAAGAACUCUCUCCUCCCUAAGAUCAAAAUAAACUCUCCCACAUGACUUCCUUAGGCCCAUGGGUGCCCCUCAUUGUGGCCCAUGUGGCUCAGUUGUUUAAAAAUGGGAUAAAAGGGGCAUGUCGCACAAAAAUCAGUCUGACAAUUCUGAAAAGGAGUGUAUGUAUUUCUAGGCAAAUUUACACAGCUUGUUCUCUCAGUCUAGAUGGGCAUGGGUACCACACAUCUCCUUUGUAUCACGUAUUUACAGUGUCAGCUCUGUUCAUGUUGGUUUUCUCUGUGAUUUGGUUCAAUAGCUGUACUGUGUGACAUUUUUUCAGCAUAGGCAGCAGGCCUUUCAAAUAUAAAGGAAUUCUGUUAUCACUCCCAUGAUGUGUUAUAUAUUCAUGUAAGACAGGGUCUGUACAACACCAAAGUAUCUGGAUCAGAAUUUUUCAAGUUGCACACCAGAGAAAGCCCAGAUGUCUGUUUCGGGAAUUCUAGAUGUUGUAAAUGUUUAUGCAAAUUCAGAAAUGCACAUCACAUUUCAAAUAUUAAAUAAAUAGAGUUCAGUAAUAUUAUUGGUUUUCCUGGAUAAAGUCCUUAACAAUCAAUCAUUGAGUCUAUAAUCCUCCUUUCGGGUAUUAGUCAGAAAUCUUCUCCGUCUUAGAACAAAGAUCAUUGUACUGAACAGGGGGUCUUUUUUAGUUUGGCUUUUGGGUAGUCCAUGGAGAAAAAAAAAA